AUGACGUGCGUUAUCUUGAAGCGGGAUACAGAGACCGUUACUAUGAGGCUAAGUUCGGCGCUUCUUCGCCAGAAGAGGUUGCCGACAUUCGUAAAAAAGUUGUCCGCGCCUACUUGGAAGGUAUUUCAUGGGUGUUAUUGUAUUACUACCAAGGGUGUCCCUCGUGGCAAUGGUAUUUUCCUUACCACUACGCCCCCUUUGCUGCAGAUUUCACCAAUCUACGUGAAAUCGUGGGCGAGGAAGGAAUCAAAUUCGAUUUUGGGUGAACCAUUCAAUCCGUAUGAGCAACUUAUGGCUGUUUUGCCUGCUGCGUCCGGCCACACGUUGCCAGAAGUGUUUCGCAGCUUAAUGUCUCAUCCAGACAGUGAGAUUAUCGACUUUUACCCUGAGACCUUCCAAAUUGAUAUGAAUGGGGCUAAAAUGAGCUGGCAGGGUAUUGCAUUGUUGCCGUUCAUUGAUGAAAAACGUUUGCUUACUGCAGUUAGAGCAAAAUAUUCCCUAUUAACGGAUGAUGAGCGAGAGCGCAACACCAACAAAAAAGCGCAAUUGUUCAUUUCAAGUGGUAAUGCGAACUACAAGAAGUUUAUCCAAGCAUGUGAGGAGGACCGUGAGAUUUCAUUCGGUGCCCACAGAACAGGCUUGGCUGGCAAAAUACGCCCUUUAUUAUCUUUUUCGCCAGAUGGAGAAACAUUGUUCCCUUUGAAGGAAGGUGAGUUGCCCAACGUUCCCAAUUCUGCUUACUUCCAGGCUUGGUACGACUUUCCAGAACUGUACCCAGGUAAGUCUAUGUUAUUGAACGGAUACAUACCACAUGAAAAAGUGCUUGAUGAACUGGACAAAUACACAGUUCUCGGUCGCCUGAGACCAAACUACAACUUCCAGAAUGUGAGUAGUUAUGUGAAUCAUGGACCGUGCGGAGAAAAGGAUUUCCUCAUGUACUCAAUGCGCCGUGGCGGUUACAGAGCAUUACUUGAGAUGGGGCAGAACGCAAACCAGACGAGGAACCAAGGCAGAAGUAACCAUAGUCAAGGAAACGGCAACUACGGAGGAAAGCACUACGGGAACAAUCACCAUGGAAACAGCAAUUAUGGAAAUAACUAUGGAAACCAAUACGGAAACUAUGGCAAUAAUCAAUACGGGAACCAAAACUACGGCAACCAGAAUUAUGGUAACAACCAAUAUGGUAACCAGCAGUAUGGAAACAACCAAUACGGUAACCAGAAUCAAUACGGGAAUCAGUAUGGAAACCAAAACCAAUACGGAAAUCAGUAUAGAAACAACUAUGGAAACAACCAAUAUGGAAACAACCAAUACCAGGGUCAAUAUGGCCACCAAAACCAAAGCCGGACAGACCAGUAUGGAAGCCACUCUUACUCCAAUCACAACCAAAAUACUCACGGUCGGCUGAACUACCAAUCUAACCGUGGCGGCAGGUCUGGCUACAGACGUUAA